AUGCGCCACCCCUCGCCGCCGCCGGAGCUCCCCGCGGCCGGGGGUGAGAUCCAGGCCAUGGCGCCCGCCUCGGCCGCGGGCUCAUCCAGCACCGGAGGCUCGUUCACGGCGCUCCUGGGGCUCCCGACCUCACAGGCCAUAGAGCUCCUGCUCCCCGGCGCGGCGCCGGCGCCCGCGCCCGCGCCCGCCUUCCCCUCCGACCCGCACCUCGUCGACCGCGCCGCCCGCUUCUCCGCCUUCGCGUCGCCGUCGCCGUCCCCGACCCCUCCUCCCCCCGCCUCCUCCGCCAAGCGCAAGGCUGACCCCGCCUCCAAGGUACGAACAAGCGUGACGCACCAUACCCUGUUCUCGCCGGAGCGAGGCUUGAUCGUUUUUGCCUUGGAUUGCUUGCCACAGGGGAAGGUGGCGAAGAAGGGGAAGACGACGGCGGGCGGCGGCGAGGAGAAGGACUCGGGCGAGGACGAGAAGCCGGCGUACGUGCACGUGAGGGCCAGGAGGGGCCAGGCCACGGACAGCCACAGCCUCGCCGAGCGGGCGAGACGGGAGAAGAUAAAUGCGAGGAUGGAGCUGCUCAAGGAGCUGGUCCCCGGAUGCAGCAAGGUAUCAGGAACAGCGCUGGUACUGGAGGAGAUCAUCAAUCAUGUUCAAUCCCUUCAAAGACAAGUCGAGUACCUGUCAAUGAGACUCGCAGCAGUAAACCCAAGGGUUGACUUUGGUGGGCUAGACAACCUUUUGACUACAGAGUGUGGAAGGAUAACAGGUUUAAACUGCAAGAGUGGAAUGGACUUGGAGCAAGUCAGCUGGCCUGACAUGGGCGUUCACGGAGCAAGAAAUCUCGCGCAGCUACAACAGCAGUUCUGGCAUGGUGAUUUGGCACAUCCACAUCAGCCAGCUUCACAGUGGGAAAAACGGGGGGAUGUACAACCCCCUGGCUUUAGCAACACCAGUUCUUCUCUCUUCGGCUACGAUCUCGCAAGCUCUGGACCGCAGCAACCGCCAACAAGCAAGCUAAAAACAGAGCUGUGA